GUUUAUAAUAACUAUUUUAAGAUUUAUGGCAGAUAAGGAGAAAAUUGAUAACCCAGAACUUGCACUCAACCUUCAGGUUCCUUCUGAGGUAGAGCAAGCUGAUACUAGCAAAAAUAAAGUAAAUAAGCUAAGUGAGACUGAAGAGAAGGAAGCACGGGACGAAAUGGUCGUUCCGAUUGACCAUUACUCUAAGAGUGAGGAAGAACUAAUGGAGGCAGCUAAGGACUACUGCCAAUGCGAAUUAAAUGACAUGGCUAUGUACCUGAACCAGCAGGUCAUGUAUCAGCAAUACAUGAUGCAGUUCUACAGCAUGUAUGGCGCCCAGAUGAUGUCUUUAGCUAAUUCUAGUUUACCUCAGUUUAAUGAAGCGCAGCAGGGGGAAGGACUUGCUGUACUUAAUGGCUAUAAAUAUACUGUCUCAUUCUUACCUAGUAAGGGACCUAGAAGGAGAAAGAGGAUUAUACACUGAGGCUACGAUAACUGAGGAAAGGAAUUCGUCAAGGCUUGGAAUUUUCUGGACCACGCCAGAAUGCACACAGGAGAAAAACCAUUUGUGUGCAAUACUUGUGGGGCUAGUUUUACACAGAAGGGAAAUUUGAAAAAGCAUAUCAAGAAGCAUCAGGAGAAUUAAGUGUUUUUAAUAAAAAAUAUGAUAAC